CCAAGUGGAAUAAGCAGCUCUCACUCAGAAACUCCACUAAGCAACCCAACUCUCAACCCAGCUCCUGACCAUGGCCUGCUGCUCCACUAGCUUCUGUGGAUUUCCCACCUGCUCCACCAGUGGGAACUGUGGCUCCAGCUGCUGCCAGCCUAGCUGCUGUCAGACCAGUUGCUGCCAGCCAACCAGCUGCCAGACCAGCUGCUGCCAGCCAACUUGCUGUCAGACCAGCUGCUGCCAGCCCAGCUGUGGGACUGGCUGUGGCAUUGGUGGUGGCCAGGAGGGUGGCAGUGGAGCUAUGAGCUGCCGAGUCAGGUGGUGCCGCCCUGACUGCCGCGUGGAGGACACCUGCCUGCCCCCCUGCUGCGUGGUGAGCUGCACACCCCCAACCUGCUGCCAGCUGCACCAUGCCCAGGCCUCCUGCUGCCGCCCAUCCUACUGUGGACAGUCCUGCUGCCGCCCAGCCUACUGCUCCUACUGCUGCCAGCCCACCUGCUGCCAGCCCACCUGCUGCCAGUCUACUUGUUGAAAACCUCAUUCUAAAGGAAUCCUGAGAAACCGGUACUUCAAAAUGAGCCAAUGUAGAGUCCCAACAACAUCUGAGCUCUAAUACUCAAAAUCCAGCUUGCAAACUCUUAUCACAUGGCUACAUAAUUUUCCUAAGAUGUGAAUUAAUUUAUAAUCGAAGACCAAAAAUAUUUCAUAAACGUCGAUAUGAACAGAAGUCCUACAAGUUUAAGAGAAAUAUGUAAAAUUUUACUAUAAAUGUCUGAAGCAGCUCAACAGCUCUUUGGAGUUGGGAUUUAAUAAAAUUUUUAUUCUUCA